AGUAAGCUGGCAGUGUGUGAAUCAUAAAGCUUGAUUUUUAGUGUUCCUAGUUGGUUUUAUUUAAUUUUACAUACAAAAUUAGUUAGUUAGCAGUACCAUGGUGCUUGCGGAAAAAAAUAAUGAAAAUGCUCGAAAUGGUAGAAGGAGCAGGGGGCCGAGUCCAAAUGGUCACGUACAAGCGGAGUCCACGAGCGAGGAUGAAAGCAGUGUUCCGGUAGAUAAAAUCCGGGUAGGACGUGAUUAUCAAGCAGUUUGCCCUGAAUUACAACCAGAAAGCCAAAGGAAGCCCGAGCUUUUAGCAGAUAGAGCACUUCUGGUAUGGUCACCAACAGAAACUAUUCCCGAGUCAAAGUUGGAAGAUUACAUUGUAUUAGCUAAAGACAAAUAUGGAUAUAAUGGAGAACAAGCUCUUGGAAUGUUAUUUUGGCACAAACAUGAUUUGGAGAGAGCUAUGCUUGAUCUUGCAAAUUUUACACCCUUCCCAGAUGAGUGGUCUGUUGAAGAUAAAGUAUUAUUUGAACAGGCGUUUCAAUUUCAUGGAAAAAGUUUUCACAGAAUACGCCAGAUGUUGCCUGAUAAAAGUAUCGCCAGUUUGGUAAAAUAUUAUUACAGUUGGAAGAAAACAAGAUCUCGCACAAGCCUGAUGGACAAGCAGGCACGUAAACUAAACACCCCGAAAGAAGAAGGGGCUGCAUCGGAAGCCGGAUCUGAAGCUGGUUCUAACGAGGAAUCAGAUCAUGACGAUAAGAAAUGGACAAUUCAUCGUGGUAUUCGGCGUAAAAGCGGCUCUCCGACUCGUUCUGGGCCCCCCAGCGACGAGAACGCUUCUCAGGGUGAGGGUGGCGCGUGUUCUAACUGCGGAGUCAUCUGUACUGUCACUCAGGUGACUGCCAAGGGGGCCCUCUGUAACUCCUGCUACCAACACUGGAGACGAACUGGGAUGUUGAGGCCCACUUCGGGUCCGACGGGUGGCAAACGCGGUACACCCUUGGGGGCACGUCAUAAACGCAAGCCUCCCCGUGGCAUGUACAUCAACCACGACGAUCUUGCAGCCAUGGCAUCGGGAAAUACUGGUGUCGUCAUGCUUAAAGCUAUGGAUCGAGAGUUAGAUUCCCUGCAAAGACAAAUACAGCAAAACAAGCAGAAUAUCAGUUCCUUGAAGCGAAAGCACUCUGACUCUAUAGAAGACCUCCGUCCAGGAAAUGGUAAUAACUCCAAGUUCAACGGCCGUUGGACGAACGAGGAACUGUUGCUAGCCGUUCAAGGAGUGCGUAAGUAUGGGAAAGACUUCAAAACCAUCGCUGAACUAAUCGGUAACAAGACCGCGUGUCACAUUGGCACCUUCUUCGUAAAUUACCGCAAACGAUACAAUCUCGAUAGCAUCCUUAAAGAGUGGGAAAAAGACAACGGUCCCCUACCGGAAGACAAUUCAGAAAUUAAAAGUGAAAAUGACGACAACAACGACAAUGACGUUAUCUGUUUGUCACCCACUCCUGGUUCAAAGAAAGAAAUUAAAAAUGGAAAAGUGGCCCAGGUUGCGAAAUGAUGAUUUUCUGUCUUCAGUUGAGUUUGUUUUAUUAUGACUUUAUGAUCGCUAUAUUUAGUAGCGGAUUAUUUUCGUCAAGUAGAUUUGUUAUACCUGCAAUUUUUAAUAAUCUUUAGUUUUUAAAUAAAUACUUGUAUAUAUUUAUGUAUUUUUUACGUUUGUAACUUAAGGGUGUUAAAGCAGGCAUAAUCACGUUUACACAGUCUGAAUUGCCAUAGGAUGAACAUUUGCGGAGAAUUAGUAGAAAUAAUUUUCCAAACUGUUAAAAGUACACUUUAAGUUGAAAAAAAUAUUUAUUCUGAACUAAUAAGAACUACAUUAGCUAUUGUUGUGCAUGUGCAUAUUAUUUUAAGGUUUAUAUAGGAGAUACACCAACACCUACAGGCAAUAAGUGUAGAAAAAGCUUUGUACUGCUUUUUAUAGACAAAAAAGAGUAUGGCCAAUUAUUAGAAGGACGUCCCUCUAAAUCUUUUUGGGACAUACAAUUCAAACGAUGUUUUUUAUCAGUGUAGCCUUCUAGAUGUACUUGUUGAACCAGUUAUGAUGAUCAGUUGUUAAUUCAAUGGCCUACCGCGAUUUUUUUAGAAGUCAUUUUUCAGAAGGUCACCAAGGAAUUUUUCUGUAAUACUAAUUAAGGCUACAUAGCCAAAUUAUUACAAAAAAAAAUCGUGAAAGUAAUUUUCUGAAAAAAUCACUUAAAAAUACAGUAGUAGGCCAUGGAAUACAACUAGAUCAUCAUAAUUGGUACAUUUAAAAGACUACCAUGUGUUCUGAAACAGGUUUAGAGUGAUGUCCCGGUUCUUAAUGGGCUGUACUGUGUAUGCGAUAAUCAACAAAGUUUAUCAAACAGAACUGGAUAAAGACAAAGUAUAAUACAUAUAAAUUAUUUAUAUAAUGGCACUGAUAAAUUAAAAAUAGGAGUAUGUCGUAAGGUUAGAUGUUUUAAUAGUAAUCUUAUUUAAUUCAACUUAGGCGGGACAUUUUUUUGAGUAUUGUAGAAUUUACCGAUAAAAAGGUAUGGAAGUGUGGCAGUGAACUAUAUUCCACUUUAACAUUUGUUUUUAUAUUGGAUUGUUAGAAAUAUUUUUAAUUAAAUCAAUUGUUCACAUACAGGGUGUUCCAUACGAUAGUAGUAAAUAAAUCUGAGGUUUUGAGCUAUAAUUUUAAUUUCUACUUCUAGCUGUUCAUCUUGAAUCUAAAAGAAACCCGUUCCACUGAGUUAUCUUAAGUAAAAUGUUAGUUUGUAGAUAUUCUAUAUUACAUACAAAGAAAAUAUUCGGGAAGUUACUUCUCUACUGUAUAUAUUUAUCCCACUUUCUUAUAGAGAAUGGCUUGUAUAUCCAAACAAUGAAAAUUCCUCGCAUGUAAUUUUAAAUAUUAAGCAGACUUAUCGAUCGAACCCACAUUUGCAGGAAUUAGAAAGGGUCGAUAUUUAAUCAGACAUGAGUAAUAUUUUAUAAACCCGAUAUAAGAAAAAAAUGAUGUACAUAAUCAUAAUCCGAUGAAAGGGGCAUGAACUAUAUUUCGUAUAGCGACAAUUAUGUAAAUAGAUAACAAUAAGUUAGAUAAAUAAUUUUUUAUUGAAAGUUAGUAAUUUGUUUUUACUAGAUUAGGUAAAUUGCAUGCAUCGGCGUGGAUAAGUGUGUAUAAAUCUUGUAGUUUUGUAAGUUUGUCAAGGAUAAUCUGUAGCAGUUGAUUUCGUCUCUGCGGAUUCAGUCUGCGCUUCUCCAAUGAUACUUUUUACAAAUAUAUUAAUAGUUAAGAAUAUUUAUUGAUCGUAGAAUUUAUAUUUAUGUUUCACAUUUGUUUAUUUUUAUCUUAUUUUAAUUACUUUACAUAAAAACUCUUUAGUAUGUAAGGCAAAUAUGAGUAGAUUAGUUUUACUGUAUUUAAAUAAUAAUGAUUCCAUAUUUA